UUCUCUCCAGUCUCCCGUCUCCCCGGUGUCUCCCCACUCCACUUCUCUCCAUUGUUGGAUUCCGUCGCGUGCGUGUUUGGCAAGGCUUUUGGUGUAUACCUCUGAAAGUAUCGCACAUACGAGCAUCAUGCAGCUGCAAAUUCGUGGGCAGGAAACGACUAUCGUCGAAUGUGAAGACAAUGCGAAGAUACAAAAUAUAAAGGAAAAAAUUGCCUGUCUGCAAGGUAUUGAAAACGAAUUCAGCCUUUAUUGCAACGGAAGUUUACUAGUGGAUGAAACUUGCGUAAAUGAACUUCCAUCGAAUGUACUCGAGUUGACUGUACCCUUACUGGGAGGAAAGGUUCAUGGUUCUUUGGCGCGCGCUGGCAAAGUAAAGGCUCAGACACCUAAGGUUGAAAAGCAAGAAAAGAGCAAAAAGAAGACUGGCCGUGCUAAACGACGUAUUCAAUACAAUCGUAGGUUUGUCAACGUCGUCCAAACCUUCGGCCGCCGACGUGGACCUAAUGCCAACACAAAUACAUAAAGAAAAGCGUUAAUAUAAUGUAUUAUUUGUUACAAUAAAUUCGGAUAAAAUGCCAUAACUGAAACAUA